CAUACAUUAAACCCGUCAUAACUUCACACUUUCUCUCUUUUUUCGUUCUUUCUUUAACUCAUCUUUACAGUAAACGUUCUGCUUUUAACUUCUUGAACUCUCCUUGACAGAAACAGGAGUAAUUGGUGAUGAAGUUGAAGCUGAGGCCACGGCAAGUUGAGGUGUGGUCUAGAACCAGGAUGAUUCAUCUGCUUGGCCCCCAAGUUGUAGGAAGACCACACUUUUAAAGGCUCUCUGUUAGGAACCUGGUUAUUUUCUGAUGAUUCUGACACGGCUACCUCCCAAUCUGCAAGUUCAGUGAUUUUCCAACCUCCCUCUCAACUCUGCUUCUCACAAACACCAGGUUCUUCCCUCUCCACAAAGCAAGAAGAGAAUGAGUGUUUUGUUUUUUCUCUACCCAGAGUCAAAUUGACAAAUCACAAAGGGUUCAAACAAUCCAACAAUGGAACUGUAAACAAAGAAAAAAUAACAGAGUAUGCAAUGAAACUCAUCAUCUGUAUUACUCAUCUGUGGUCCCCUAGUGUGAUGAUCCCCUGCAUUUUCUCUCAUGCCACUUGUGGUAACAGGGGAAAAGUUUCCUACAAUGGUUACCGGUUGGAUGAAUUUGUUCCCUAGAAAACACCAGCUUAUAUAAGCUAAGAGGAUCUGCAUAUUGCUGAAAUGACUGAGGGAAACACUUGAAUUUGCUGUCCAAUUGGUUUUGGAAACUGAGGAAGUAGGCUUCCUUACAUUUAAUUCAAUGAAGUUUUAAUCAUAGCCACCUUGUCAAUUCGCACAAGUUGUUGGUUUGUACAGAGCAAUUACUUUUUUCUGUCUGUACAGAUAUGAUGAUGGAAGUCAGUAAAAGAAAGGAGUCAGGAAUUGUUCCGGAUGUAGAUGUAGAUACUUUCAUGAAGGUCCUUGAACUUGAUAUUUUUGGUGACACAAUCUUUGGCGACACAAUGGUGGGAGAUGAGAUGAGAAGAGGCAUCUGUGGAGGUCAAAAGAGGAGACUGAGUACUGGUAUCUCCUUGGUGGCUAUCAGCGAUAUGACUCCAGAGAAGUCUGCUCUAGUGACAAGCUGCACGGCUUCAGUUAACAAUCAAUUUGAAAUGAGCCAUAACAACCAUAUGCGCACUCUCCUUUCUGUAACCCUUUCAAAAUUGUUGAGGUACUUCUAGUCCUACUGCUGGCAUUUAGGUCAUUUUUAUCGUUUUAAAUACUUAUUAACAAAACUAAUAAAACAUAAGUAUGAAUUUUUUUUUUAAUUUUUUAAUUUCACAGAUGAGAUUGGCAACUUGUUGCUGAACCUGUUACCAACAAUUGGAAAAAUUAGUGUCAAAUGAGUAGAUUACAAGU